GUAGUACAGUAGCAAUUUAUACUAAUGCUCAUGACAAAAAAAAAAUACCCUCCCCCAGAAAUCCCCCACAUCAACCCCGACAUGACCGAUUGUACAAAUACUUUUGUAGUAAUAUACUUAUAGAUUGAAGGAGGUAUUCCUGUUAGUAGAAUGUAAAAUGCCAUCUCAAACACUAACAAAUAAUCAAAUCGACACUCUGCAAAAGGAUGUAGUCCCAAUUAUUGGGGUAAUCAGUAGACCACCGAUGGAAUCAACCAUGUCUACUACUGAAAUUCGUAUGGUUAAUGAUCCAAUUUAUAUAGAAGAGAUACCAGAGCAACAAUUACCUAUGAAAAAGAUGACAUUAUCAAAUCCAUCUAGAAAUCUUUAUCGAUUAGCAGCUUGUGUGUUUUGGAGUUUUUCAGGUGGAUUUAGUGAUGCUACUCCCGGUGCAUUAUUACCUCAUAUUGAAGCAUAUUAUGGUACUUCAUAUGCUGUUACAUCAUGUAUUUGGAUUGGUAAUGCACUUGGAUUUAUAUUUAUUGCUGCAAUUUCUCAUAAAAUUCAACCUUGGUUUGGUAAAAGAAAGUCAUUGGUUUUAGGUUGUGCAUCUCAAACAAUUAUGUAUGCCCUUGUAUCUAGUGGUACAAAAUUUCCUAUAAUUGUUAUUGCAUUCUUCUUUGGUGGAGCUGGAUUUGCAACUGUUUUAUCUCAAAGUAAUGUAUUUACUGCUAGAUUUGAUAAAGCAUCUAAAUAUUUAUCGUUUUUACAUGGUGCUUAUGGAGUUGGAGCAACGGUAUCUCCUAUACUUGCAACCGUAAUGGUUUCACGAGGAAUUAAGUGGCAUUUUUUUUAUUUACUCCUUUUGGGUCUUAUGAUAAUGAAUGGAAUAGCUCUCUUUAUAUCUUUUAAAGGAGCAGAUGAAGAUUUAAAAAAAUGGGAUUAUGAUGAACCUGAAACUAUAGAAUUACAAGAUCGAGUUGAAAGAGAUUCAUCAGAGUCUAUAGUACAAGAACCAAGUGAUAUGACAUUAGCAUUGAAAAAUAAAAAUACAUGGUUAAUUGCAUUCUUUUGCUUAUUUUAUCAGGGUUCAGAAGUUUCAUUGGCUGGUUGGAUUGUUACAUUCUUCUUAGAUUAUAGAAAGGGGAAUAUUAAUACUGUAGGUUAUGCAGCUUCAGGUUUAUGGGGUGGAUUAACUCUUGGAAGAUUACUUUUAACUCGUCCAUUACAUAUUUAUUUAGGGGCAAGAAGAGGUGUGAUUAUUGUUUCAAUUAUAUCCAUAAUAAUGGUUGCAUUAGUUUGGGGUAUACCAAAUUUAUUUGCUGAAGCAGUUCUUGUUGCUUUAGCUGGUAUUGCAAUUGGUCCAAAUUAUUCUUUACUUAUUAUGUAUAGUGCUCUGGAAGGGUUAUUACCUCGUAAGAUUCAAGUGGUUUCUUUAACAAUAAUGACGGCAUUUGGAUCAUCUGGUGGUGCAUUAUUCCCAUUUAUUGUUGGUCUAUUAUCUCAAAAAGUUGGUACUUUUGUUGUUUUGCCUGUUUUUAUUGCCUUAUAUUCUUCAAUGUUAAUCAUGUGGAUAAGUUUACCAAACAUUGAACAUAGAAAUAGAUCUCUGAGUAAGUUUAAACUAUUAGACAGAAUUUGGUAAUUAGUCCAACUAAUAGUUUCCAAAAUGUAAAUGUAUAUAAAUGUAUAUAUAUAGGAAUGUAAUAUUAAAUAUAUAUAGUAAUUUGCAG